GUAGUUUAUCUAGAGUCGUAUAAGAAAAUGGCAGCGUACAUGGUAUAAUAAUAUGUACAAUCUUGAAUGUGAUAUAAUAAGGGAAACGUUCCGUGUCACUCUGUUCUUACGGGAAAAAUCAUAUUCUAUAAUGGUGCAAAAUAUGUCGCGCUCCUUUAAAAUACUGUCUCGAUAUAAGAUACGAAGAUUUUGCAGUAGUAGUCUUCACCGGCAAACAUCACCUGCGAUUAAUAUAUCAUCGUAUGCGGAAUGCACACUUUCUGUGAAGCAAAAGAUGGAAAGUUAUUGGAGAGAUAAAGUUAAUUCUUACAAAUAUAAUAAUGACAUAAAAGAUAAAUUUUAUGUGCUUUCUAUGUUUCCAUAUCCAUCUGGAGCUUUGCAUAUGGGUCAUGUUAGAGUUUAUACAAUAAGUGAUGUCUUAGCUCGAUUUUACAGACUCAAAGGUAAAAAUGUGAUUCAUCCUAUGGGUUGGGAUGCUUUUGGAUUACCAGCGGAAAAUGCUGCUAUUGAAAGAAAAAUUGAUCCUGCUGUAUGGACAAAUGAAAAUAUAAAGACAAUGCGUAACCAAUUGAACAAGCUGAAUUAUUCUUUUGAUUGGGAGAGAGAAUUUGCAACUUGUGAUGUAGAUUAUUAUAAAUGGACACAGGAAUUGUUUCUAAAAUUGUUUGAUAAAGGUUUGGCCUAUCAAAAGAAAGCCUAUGUUAAUUGGGAUCCUGUUGAUCAAACUGUACUAGCUGAAGAACAGGUAGACUUGAAUCAACGAUCUUGGAGAUCUGGUGCAAUAGGAAAAAAAUUAUUAAAUCAAUGGUUUAUUAGAACAACAGCUUUUGCAAAAUCAUUGAUGGAAGGUUUAAAUGAUCCAAGCUUGAAGGAAUGGAGAGAUAUUAUAAAGUUGCAAAAGCACUGGAUAGGUGAUUGUAAUGGUAUUAAUAUUGAUUUUAAAUUGAUAUCCAAAAUUCCAGACUUUCCAGAGACAAUAAACUUAUGGACUGACUUGCCAGAAUUUAUAGAGUAUGCAAAGUUUGUUGCUAUAUCUCCUCAAAGUAUAUUAAAUCGUGAAGAACACACAUAUGAUUUAGAAAACGGUAUAAAAGGUUUAGAUGCAAAAAUAAUAAAUCCAUUUUCUGGUGAAGAGUUGCCGAUUUUUAUCACUGAUAAAGUGGUUUAUCCACCAUGGAGAGAUACCCGUUUGGGUAUACCUUCGGCGUCAAUGGAAGAUUUAAAAUUUUCCGAGUUAGUUGGAAUAGCAUUUACGCGACAUUCGAUACGUAGCUAUGAACAGCAACAGCAAAAGAUAUCAGAAAUAUUCCAGAAAGCUAGAGAACUGGGAAUAGGCGGAUAUCCAGUAAGUUCGAGAUUACAAGAUUGGUUAAUCUCUAGACAAAGGUAUUGGGGUACACCUAUACCUAUUAUUCAUUGUACAAAUUGUGGUGCUCAACCAGUACCUCGCGAUCAACUUCCUGUGACAUUACCAAAGAUAAUACACUCAUCGUCUAAUAAAGGAUUUUCCAUCCACGAUGCAAAAGAUUGGUUGCAGACAGAAUGUCCCAAGUGUAGAGGAAAGGCGACUAGGGAAGCCGAUACUAUGGACACGUUUGUAGACAGCAGCUGGUAUUAUUUAAGAUUUAUAGAUCCCAAAAAUACAAAGGAGAUGUUUUCGAUAGAAAAAGCUAAAGAUACUUUUCCUGUGGAUCUUUACAUAGGUGGAAAAGAACAUGGUGUGCUCCACUUAUACUAUGCGAGAUUUGUGAGUCACUUCUUGCAUUCAGAAGGUCUUAUACCAUGUCGAGAACCAUUUAGACAGCUUCUUGUGCAAGGAGUAAUAAUGGGUAAAACAUAUAAAACUAAAAAUACAGGUAAAUAUGUGCCAGAGGAUGAUGUAAUAAAAGAAGGAGAACAAUAUAAAACAAAAUCUGGAGAACUUGUCUCUAUGAAUUGAAAAAUGUCGAAAUCAAAACACAAUGGGGUCGAACCUCUUAACUUAUUGUACAAAUAUGGAAUAGAUACAACUAGAUUAUUAAUAUUGGCUGAUGUUGCACCAACAUCCACUAGGAAUUGGUCGGAAAAUACUAUUCCUGGUAUAAAAAAUUGGCAAAAUCGUAUUUGGAGCACUGUUAAACAAUUUAAAAGUGAACGUGACAAUAUGUCACUGGAAGAACUCAAAAAUGAACCUACUGAUCCUAAAUAUAUUGAACACAAUGCAUAUAUGUUUGAUAGUCGAAAUUAUUUUCUCAAAAAUACAACAUAUAUCAUAGCAAAAUCACAGCAACUUAGUAUAGCAAUAUCUAGAAUGCAAGGUCUUACAAAUAGUUUGCGAAAGGUUUGUUUGGAAUGUUUAAGAAAAAGUCGCGAAUAUGAACGAGCAUUAGCAGUUCAAAUUAUAAUGCUUGCCCCAUUUGCUCCACAUUUUGCUUCCGAGUUAUGGGCUACUUUUUGUUCUGUGAAACAUCAUCUUAUAGAUAAUAACGAAGUAAGCUUGGACAAAGAUGUAUUCGAACAAAAAUGGCCAGAAAUUGAUAUGGAUUAUAAACUUGCACUGAAUAUCUAUGUAAACAAAAGACAAUUUUUAAAAUUGAAAAUUCCUCGACAUACAUUGGACGAAAUGACAGCAGAGAUGGCACUGGAAUAUGUGAUUCUUGAUCCACAUUAUCAAAACAAUUCAGAUGAUAAAAAUAUUGUAGAAAUCAAGCUUCAAUCAGAGAAAGGCUGCGAUGCAACAUUGUAUAUAACCAUGGAAAAACAGAAAGAAAAUAUUAGGAAUAUUAUUACAGACGAAAGAUAAGUAUUAUAAUACUUUUUUAAAUAUAAUAUUAAAUAUUGAUACAAAUUGUA